CGUCAAUACCUUUACUUUAACAGUCACUGCAUGCUAUUAGCACAGGUUAGUUGAUGUCCGGGAUGUCAAAACGUUAGGCAGCUAACCUACUGACAACUCAAAUAAAUACUUAUUCUUAUAACCUCAGAGUAUUAUGGCAAAAUGACAACUGUGAGAAGAAAAAAAGAGAUGUCUACGGAUGUAACGUUAAUACAGCCCUGGUGAACUUACACCAACACUAAAACGAGAUAAGGUGAGUGAAUUGACUGAAUCCUGCAGAAUGGCGGAGAGGGGAGCACAUCUGACCACAGCUGCAGCUGAAGACAGGCCAUCCAUUUUUGAGGUUUUGGCUCAGGAUUCAUUGAUGAGUGCUGUCAAACCUGCAUUACAGCACGCCGUUCAGAUCUUGGCCGAAUCCAACCCUGGUCGAUAUGGAAUCCUCUGGAGGAACUUUGAUGAGAUCUACGUCAUCCUGGACGUGCUGCUGCAGCACCAUUUCCUGUCACGCACCAGUGCGUCCUUUUCUGAAAACUUCUAUGGACUAAAGCGCGUCGGUGCAGACAGCACUCGACCAGCCCACCAAGGCCUCCGCCGUAGGCAGCACUUGCGCUCCCUUCUUCUCCUUGCCCUCCUCCCUUACCUGCGGACCAAGCUGGAAAAGUUCCUGGCUCGCCAGAGGGAUGAGGAUGAUUUCUCCAUACGCCUGCCCCAGUCCCUCACUCAGAAGAUGUACAGGGCCUUCCUGGCCGCCUAUCCUUACGCAUGCGUGGCUUGGGAUGGUUGGACCUUUUUCCAUCAGCUGUUGUACAUUUUUGGCAAAACACGAACGCACUCGCCCCUGCUGUGGCUGGCGGGGGUUAAACUGUCCUAUCUCACAGCUCAUGAUAUUCGCAGCUUGGAUCUCAAGCCAGCAGGUCCUGCAUUGAGCCCCAGCCAAAGCAUUGGGGAGAAGCUGCAGCGGGUGUUCUCUACGGUGGUCGGAGGUGUUGCAGUAUCCCUCUCCACCAGUCUCUCUUUGGGCGUGUUCUUCCUUCAGUUUCUGGAGUGGUGGUAUUCAUCAGAGAACCAAAGCACCAUAAAGUCUCUCACAUCCCUCCCUACACCUCCACCCCCACUUCACCUAGAGGACCAGGACUCUUCACCCACACACACCAAAGUCUGCCCACUCUGCAAGAAAGUGCGUACCAAUGACACGGCCCUGGCUACCUCGGGCUAUGUUUUCUGCUACCGGUGCAUAUAUGUGUACGUGAAGGCCAAUCACCGGUGUCCCCUAACAGGAUAUCCCUCUGAACUGCAGCACCUAAUCAAAAUAUAUUCACCAGAGGGGUAGAUUGAACUGGUUUGCUGCAUUUUUAAAUAGUAUAAAUCAUCCAUUUCCUGGUUAAGCACUUAUGAGACAUACGUUUAGCGCUGUAUAAAGUUAAGUCUUAUGCUGCUUUCAAGUUGUGUCGAUUUUAUCUGAAAAAAAGUGUUCUAUCAUCGGCAUGAGUUGGCAGAGUUGUGAUGUCAACACAGUUUUCAUCAUGACAGAGGAAAGAAGUGAACAGUGCAGCAACUUAAUCAAAUAACACAGUACCAAUAUAAUAAAUGGUAAUGGUAACGCAAAUGUUUUCUACAGCUGCGCAUUUGGCAUGAAAAAAAAUUCUAGUUGCAUUCAUCAACUGCCCAAUGGCUUCUAUUAUAAGUCAAAAAGAUUGCUGUUCUUUUCUAAGUAGAGGGGAACCUGUUUAAUUUAUUGUUGGUGAUAACUUAUCAUAUGCUACAGGUUGAACAACAACAACAUAGUAUUCCUUGAAUUUUAUGAUUUGUUUAUACCUCCAGGUGAUAGAUUUACUGUUAACUGUUGUUUUAAGGCAUUCCAAAACAUUAACUACAGUUCUGUGCCAUCAAUUUUAAUGUCAGAACUGUUUUUCUAAACAUUCUUUAUGGCUCUGGCUUGAACCAGAAGUGAUAAAGCUAAGGCCCACCCCUGGAACUCUACUGCGCUGAAGACCUAAAUGUAGGAUUGGAAUGAAACUGCACAAGACAGGCAGUAAACCUUUAAGAGCAGGGUCAGAACAUGAAUGAAAAACAAAUGUGACAAAAAACAGAAACAGUGCUAAUAAUGGAGCUAAUUUUAUAUUGGAUUUUUUUUAGGAUGUUAUUGAAGAACAAGUCAACACAGUUGAUUUAUUUUAACAUGAUUUAAUCUAACUUGUUUUGGAAUUGGUAAUUCAAACAAAUUAAAGUAUUAUA